AUGGAAUCUAUUCAGGUUGGCCUCCUCGCAAUAUCGAUCGAGGGUAUAUACCUGAAUGAAGCAACAAACAAGCAAAUCGAUGUUGCUUUAAACAGCCUUCUUGCUACGAAGUCCUUGGCCAAUCCAUCAUCUGAACUUUCAACUGAAACUCGACAGAUUAUUGAAGAUUUACGCCAUGUAAUAAUCAGCGCGAGAAAUCUUGUCCUCGUCAAGAACGAUGGCAAUAUGAUCCAAGAGUUCAUCUGGGAUGCAACAAACUUCAAAGGCCCGGGAGAUAUUCAAGGCCCUGAUACUUCUGGUGAAAAAGCUGCCGCGAAACAAAAUGCUCAGCAAACCGCAGCUGGCCUCAAGACUCUCGGGACUUUGCUCAUCACCAACGGCCAAUUCAGGAAGCUUUUGAAAGAUGCAACCAUCUUGGUACGGGACAUGGCUAGUGAUUCUGCCCAGAAAGCUGCCGGGGCCUUGAAGCCAUCAGAGGAGGACUUAGCCCAGAUUGACAGGCCUGCCGACGAAAACAUGUGGCAUGAGUCCCCCAACCUAUCAAAGGAUGCCCUUAAAUCACGGUUCAAGAAAGAGAAAUCAGAAAAGACCCAAGCAAAUGUUGAUACAGUCAAUGGCUCUCAUACCACCAAUGGGGCUAAUGGAGUCAACGGGGUCAAUGGAGUUGAUGGUGUUACCACCAGCCAGCAGGCUGGCACUUCAGGCACCGCUGAUACCGCAGAGCUCAAAGAUCAGGCUACUACGACCGCCAAGCAACGUUCAAAGGAAGCAGCCGAGCGGACCAAAAGAUUCCUUGCUGAAAAAAUGCCUCGAGAGCGGAGAGAGCAGACAAUUUGGCGUAUUAAGAAGAUGAUUGUUGAAAUUCAAGGACACGCUGACUAUCAAGAAGCUAUCGAGACUCUCUUGUCGAUCGCCGAGGGAUACGCCCGACGCUCUAAGAGCCUAUCCAAACAGGGGGCAGGAACGCUGAAAGGUGCAAGAGAUCAAUCGGAUACUCGGAAAUUAGAUUCUAACCUGAAAACUGUAAUCGAACGAUUUGCAAACUCUACCUCGACUGAUGACCUGUUUGAUGCCAUCAAGAAAUUCUACAAAAAUGCGGAAAGCGAUCCUCGACUAAGAGACUGGUUCCGAAACGUGGAUACAUUCAUCAGGAAAUGUCUCAAAGAGCAGGGCUUCGUGUUGCGUGACGAAUCUACUGCAGAGUGGAACAGGUUGUAUGAUGAGGGACGCUUUUUACUCACCAAACGCUACAAGAAGGACACCGAUGAAGUCGUAGAGGAAGGGAAAUUCCUAGCAAACCAGUUCGAUGAAGAUCCAUUGAACAAGGAGUUCGGCCAAUCCAUGAAGAAAUUCUUCGAUCAUCUCGGCCAUGAUGCUAGUGGAAAUAUUGUUUUCCAGAAGAAUCUGUUGAAAGACUUUGCCAAUACAGUCCUUCCAGGAACCUUGGCGAAUCUUUCUUAUAUUCCUCUCCCUCGAAUUGAAGUAUCCGAUCCAAUGAUUGAUGUGGUUAUUGAAAACUUAGCUGUUCAAUGCGAUAACCUGAUGCCCAAUAUCAUGGAAUUCAGCAGUGACAAUUAUUGGAGAUGGGGUAGAAAGAAGAUUGGCAAUCACAAUGACAAUAAGGCAAAUGUAAGCUACUACAUCAAAAAGAAGAAGGGCUUCCCACACGUCUCAGAUACAGGUGUGAUGGAUAUCUUCUUGGGCGGCGACGGAUUCAGCUUUAAGAUCAUGGGCUCUUCAGCGCAGAGCAAGGAUAAACAACAUUUCAUCAAGGCUGAUAAGGUCGUUGUCAACAUCAAGAACCUGGAUAUCAGGCUGAAGAAAUCUAAGCACAAGGUCCUCUUUACCUUGUUCAAACCCCUGCUUUUGUCAGUGGUUCGACCUGCCAUCCAAAAGGUCCUGGAGCUGCAAAUUCGACAAUACUUCAGCAAGGCAGAUAAGUUCGCUUAUCAGGUCCACCAGGAAGCUCAGCGUACCAUGGAGUUGUCACGGAACGAUCCCGACGAGAAGAGCAAUGCAUAUACUCAUUACAGCAACGCGCUCAAGUCGCAGAUGAAGGCCCGCAAACAAGAGGCCGAGGCCAAGAAGAAGCAAAAGCCUCCCAGAGACACCAAGGUGAACGUCUGCAUCAGUCAAUACGAUUCUAUAUUCAAAGACGUCGUUCUCCCCAGUGGCAUAUCUGCCAAGGCAACGGAAUAUAGGGAUCUUGCCGCAAGGGGUGAAAGAUGGGAAUCUCCUGUGUUUGGUAUUGGCUCGGCUGCUCCCUCGACCGGACUUCCGCGACUUGAUGCUGUCAAACGGAAAUACAGAAACCGUGGUAUGAGUGGAAUGCAGCGACAGAACUUGCCUGUCGCUCAGUCCAUGGGACCAUCAACGUCUAUGGCAGAGCCUACUCAUGUCAUGCCCUCCAAGAUGACUGGCCUUGCCGACGGUUUGAUGACCAUUCCUGGAACCAACGCUCCAGUUUAA